ACGUAGAAUCGACGCAGUUCGUGGUUGCGCGACUAGCGAAGCGGACAAGUUUCUGCCGUCAUUCGGUCCCGUAAGGGUUUCAGUGACGUUUGUGCUAGCAUAGAAGAGAGGACGGAGAAGGCGAUCAAGAUAUCACGCACAUUCAAGUGUUGAAGCUACAUUAGAAUUGAAAAUGUUCACCGGAUUAACGAAUCAGGUGUCUACGUGGAUGGGCAAAAAGGCGGAGGACGCCGGUACAGAGGUGCCGGCUGAAGAAAAAGUUGCCGCAUCUGCAGAAGGAGAAGAUGUGGACAGAAAAGAUAGCCCGACCAAAGGCAGCAGCAAAUUGGAAAUGCUGGCUGGUGUGAAGUCCCAGAUGACAGGCUGGUUCAGCGGUGGAAUCCCCGGAUUAAGUCGUGCCGGUGCACCGGCAAACGAAGGCGAAGCGCAGGCAGCAGCGGCCAUGGACGAAGGUGGACAGGUAGCACAGAACACCGAGGGCACCGGCGAACAGAAAGAAGACGACGCCAGCAGACUCUAUAGCGCGACUGGCGGAGCUGAUAGUGGUCCCGGGAGUUUAGAAGGCUCUCCAACCGACGACAAGGAAGGACAACAGCCAUUUGGAGGUGUCUCGACGAAGGCGCUGGCAGGCGCCAAGACACUGGGUGGAUUUUUGUACAGCGCUGUGAACAAGGCUGGAAAAACCGUCGCGGAGGCUGGAGCCAAGAUCAAGAAAACCGUCGAGGAGAACAGAUUGGUCGCGGAACUGAACAAAGAACAAGAGGCAUUCAUUGCCAACAAGCACACCGAAAAGGGAGAGGCCGUUGCACCAUGGGUCGGCGCACCGAACGAGGACGUAUUACGAGAGGAGUGCUUAUCUUUGUCGACGGACCAACGUAACUUCCUGAGGCCCCCGCCAGAGGGUGUCGAUUUCCCGUGGGACUUUGAGGCCGUGCAACCGAUGGCAGAGGCUACCCUCGCCCUCGAUCCGAACUUGGAGAACAUGAGGUUCCAGUUGGUACCGAAAGUCCUUGCUGCCUGUUCGAUUAAUUUCGUAACACCCUGUAUACGGGUGUCGGUUCUUCGCCAGAGCCACGAGCUGAACGCGAUGGCCCAAGCAGAGAACAACCCGACCCAAACCCCAUCCGGAAACAUGGAAGCAGCUGAAGUUCAAGUGACCACUGGCCAGGAAAGCAGCGGAACCGUGACCACCGGAAGUAACAGCGCGCUGGCCGAUUCGCCAGGCCACGAAUUCGUGUCCGAUAGCAUGAGGGUCUCGGACACGGACCUCGAAGAGGUCCGAGAAGGCAUGAAAAAAUUGGGGAUGCAGCCACCAAAAGAAAAUGAUUGGGAACGCGAAUUGGAAGCAGAGCUGAAGGAUUGCGAAGACCAACGUUGGAUCCAUAUGUUGGAUCGAGACGAGUGGGAGAAGCAGAUCGACGAGCUGCUGGACACCGAGGACGACGAGUGAGCCAGGGGAUCCCCCUUUGCGACCGGAUAGAGACGAUCUCUCGUCCGCGUUUCAAUUCAGAUCCUGUGUGAUAGGGCGACUGUGCGAAGGAUCGGCGGCCGGGGGGUUGUCUUGUAUCUUUCUUCCAUCGACCUUCCU